CCUGGGGAGACACUGCUGCUCCGGGGGGCUGACCUGGCGGGGAGUGGCCGCGCAGUCUGCUCCGGCGCCGCUUUGUGCGCGCUGCCGCUGGCCCCUCUACUCCCGGGUCUGCCCCCCCGGGACACCCCCCUACCCCGCCCAAGUCAUGCAGCCCUACCUGCCUCUCUCCUCUGUGGACCUUUGGGAAGCCGCUCCCCACCUCCGGGGUUUGGGCCUAGACUGUGCUGGGAGCCCUUAGGCGUCCUCCCCGACCCGCCCGCGCCCCUCGCGCCCGCCGGGGCCCCGGGCUCCAAAGUUGUAGGGACGGACGCGAGUUGGAAAGUUUGCCCGAGGGCUGGUGCAGGCUUGGAACUGGGGGCCGUGCGCUGCCCUGGGAGUGUGACCCGGCCAGCGACCAAAACCUUGUGUGACUGAGCUCAAGAGCAGUGCAUCCAGAUUCUCCUCAGAAGUGAGACUUUCCAAAGGACCAAUGACUCUGUUUCCUGUGCCCUUUCAUUUUUUCCUACUCUAUAACUAUGUCUCGAUCCCGCCAUGCAAGGCCUUCCAAAAUAGUCAGGAAGGAAGCUGUAAACAAAAAAAAGAAAAACAGUCAACUGCGAAAGACAACCAAGGCAGCCAACAAAACUGUGGCAUCGGUCAAGACUUUAAGCCCUGGAAAAUUGAAACAAUUAAUUCAAGAAAGAGAUGUUAAGAGAAAAACAGAACCUAAACCACCCAUGCCAGUCAGAAGCCUUCUGACAAGAGCUGGAGCAGCACGCAUGAGUUUGGAUAGGACUGAGGUUCUUUUUCAGAACCCAGAGUCCUUAACUUGCAAUGGGUUUACAAUGGCGCUACGAAGCACCUCUCUUAGCAGGCGACUCUCCCAGCCCCCACUGGUCAUAGCCAAAUCCAAAAAGGUUCCACUUUCUAAAGGUUUAGAAAACCAACAUGACUGUAAUUAUAAGAUACUCCCUGAUUUGGGAGCAAAGCACUCAGAAAAUGAUUUGGUUCCAGUGAAAGACACCCAAGUCCUUCCUGAUAUGGAGACUCUAAUUGAUGUACAAAAUUCCUGUUUAAUUAAAGGUAAGAGCCAAGAGACAACUCAGUCUUGGUCCCAAAGAAUUGAGGAUUCCAAAAUCAAUAUCCCUAUCCACAGUGGCCCUGCAGCUGAGAUCCUUCCUGGGCCACUGGAAGGGACACGCUAUGGUGAAGGACUAUUCUCUGAAGAGACAUUGAAUGAUACCAGUGGUUCCCCAAAUAUGCUUGCUCAGGACACAGUGUGUGCUCCUUUGCUCCAAAGAGCAACGCCCAAAGUUACCUCUCAAGGAAACCCCAGCAUUCAGUUAGAAGAGUUGGGUUCAAGAGUGGAAUCUCUUAAGUUAUCUGAUCCUUACCUGGAUCCCAUUAAAAGUGAAGAUGAUCGCUACCCCACCUCCAGUAUUGAUAAGGUUAUACCUGAAUUGAACCUUAGAAACUGCUUGGCUCUUGGUGGGUCUACGUCUUCUACCUCUGUGAUAAAAUUCCUCUUGUCAGGCUCAAAACAAGCAACCCUUGGUGCUAAACCACCUCAUCAAGAUUUCAAAGCUACUUCAAAUGAACAGGAAGUUUCCGAUACCACCUCUGUUCUAGGACAGGCCUUUGGUGCUAUCCCACACCAAUGGGAACAUCCUGGGGCUGACCCAGUUCAUGUUAAGGCCCUGGGUGAGACCCCAAAUCCACCCGAGAUUCCUGGUGCUAUUCCAGCCCAAGGAGAGGUCUUUGGUACUAUUUUAGACCAACAAGAAACUCUUGAUAUGAAUGAGGGUGUUGUCCCAGACUUGCCUGUUUUCCUUCCUGUUCCUCCAAAUCCAAUUGCUACCUUUAGUGCUCCUUCCAAAUGGCCUGAGCCCCAAAGCACUGUCUCAUAUGGACUUGCAGUCCAGGGUGCUAUACAGAUUUUGCCUUUGGGCUCAGGACACACUCCUCAAUCAUCAUCAAACUCAGAGAAAAAUUCAUUACCUCCAGGAAUGGGUAUCAGUAAUGUCGAAAAUGAGAAACAGGUUCAUAUAAGCUUCUUGCCAGCUAACACUCAGGGGUUCCCAUUAGUCCAUGAGAGAGGACUCUUCCACGCUUCACUGGGUGUUGCCCAACUCUCCCAGGCUGGUCCCAGCAAUUCAGACAGCGGGAACUCCCAGGUCAGUGUAACCAGCACAAUUCAUGUUGUCAACACUGCAGUGGUGACUAUGCCAGUGCCAAUGGUCAGUACCUCCAAUUCUUCCUAUACCACUUUGCUGCCCACUUUGGAAAAGAAGAAAAGAAAGCGAUGUGGGGUCUGUGAACCCUGCCAGCAGAAGGCCAAUUGUGGUGAAUGUACUUACUGCAAGAACAGAAAGAACAGCCAUCAGAUCUGUAAGAAAAGAAAAUGUGAGGAGCUGAAGAAGAAACCAUCUGUCAUUGUGCCUCUGGAGGUAAGCAGACAGUCAAGGGGCUUGGAGACAGCUGACACUUGGUAAAGUGAUCUAUAUGUAGAGACAAUUUGCUUCACUAUUACAUAUUUUUCCUUUGGUACAAUGUUACUUUAAGUGAUUCAUAAAAGAAUUACUGGACCUACCUGAAGUAUGUCUUGUGCAGUGAUACCGUAGCUUGCUUAUUUUUAGAAUUUGUUCUAGAAAACUGGAAC